AUGGAAAACCUCGCGGAGAACGAGAUGCUUGUCGACGAGUAUGAGCAAUAUCCCAAUGAGAAGACUGAUGUCGUCGUCGUCUCCCGCUCGGGCUCCGACGAGCCCGAGCCUGCGCCGUCCGCCGCUGACCAUGCGGCCAUGAUGGCACGAAUCCUCCCCAAGAACCCCGACCUCGAGACCCUAGAAGAGGUGCACAACACAUGGCACAUCGAGAAUUGGAGGAAGAUGGAUAGAAAGUCUCACGGCCCAAUCUUCAACUGCGGCGGGUCGCCUUGGCGCAUUCUAUUCUUCCCCUACGGAAAUAACUCGGAGCACGCCUCGCUCUACCUUGAGCAUGGAAGGGAAAGCGAUAUACCGGAGAACUGGUAUGCCUGCGUACAAUUCGCAUUGGUAUUGUCGAAUGUGAAGGAUCCUUCAAUCUACCACACUCAUGUUGCAACCCAUCGCUUCACUGCUGACGAGGGCGACUGGGGGUUCACUCGAUUCUACGAUCUCCGGAGCCUGUUCAAUGAUGCGUGGGAAGGCAAGAACGUUCCUCUCGUUCAGGAUGACGAGGCCAACAUUACCGCCUAUGUCCGCGUGGUCAAGGAUCCUACUGGUGUCCUCUGGCAUAGCUUCCGGGAUGCCUCCAGCUACGACUCCAAGAAAGAGACCGGCAUGGUGGGCCUUCGCAACCAGGGUGCUACUUGCUACCUUAACUCCCUCCUGCAAUCUCUAUACUUCACCAAUGCUUUCCGCAAGGCCGUAUAUGAUAUCCCCACCGAGGAGGAUGCUUCUCGCCAGAACAGUGCUUGGACACUCCAGAGACUGUUUCUCAAUCUACAGACCAUGGAAAAGGCAGUGUCGACAACCGAGCUGACAACCUCCUUUGGUUGGGACACGAGACAGGCGUUCGAGCAGCAAGAUGUUCAAGAGCUGUCGCGGAAGCUUAUGGAGCGCUUGGAGGAGAAGAUGAAGGGCACUGUUGCUGAAAAGGCUCUGCCCGAAUUGUUCGUCGGGAAGACCAAAACUUAUAUCUCCUGCAUUAAUGUCGAUUACGAGUCUUCUCGUAUCGAAGAUUUCUGGGACAUUCAGUUGAAUGUCCGGGGGAACAAGACCCUAGAAGACAGUUUCCGGGAUUACAUCCAGGUUGAGACGCUUGAGGGUGAGAACAAAUACGACGCGGGCCCUCCAUACGGUCUUCAGGAUGCCAAGAAAGGUGUUAUCUUUGAGAGCUUCCCGCCAGUCCUGCAUCUUCACUUGAAACGAUUUGAAUACGACCUUAAUGCCCUGACGAUGAUGAAGGUCAACGACCGCCAUGUCUUCCCGAUGGAGUUUGAUGCUGCCCCUUAUCUCUCCGCUAACGCUGAUAUGUCAGAGUCCUGGGUGUAUGAGCUGCAUGGUGUGCUUGUCCACAGCGGUAGCCUGGAUGCUGGCCACUACUAUGCAUUCUUGAAGCCUACCAAGGAUGGAUACUGGUACCGCUUUGAUGAUGACAAGGUCAACCGUGCCACCGAGAAGGAGGUUCUGGAGGAAAACUAUGGAGGAGAGUACGAAUUCGCCAACGGGACUACUGGUGUUCGUCAGCCAUACACGCAAAAGUACUCAACCAAGCGCUCCAUGAAUGCCUACAUGUUGGUUUACAUUCGGAAGACUCGAUCGGAUGACGUUCUUCUUCCCAUCACCAAGGACGAUGUCCCCUCUCACAUUGAAAAGCGCCUCGCCGCAGACCGGGCGGAGAUGUUGCAGAAGCAGAAGGAGAGAGAGGAGGCCCCUCUGUACAUGAAUGUUGGUGUUCUGACCGAGGAGACAUACCGGAAUCACCACGGCUUUGAUAUGACUGGCGGGGAUCUUCCAGCCGAAGACCCUGCUCUUCCAGUUCAGUACCGUGUUCGCCGUUCUAAGAAAGUGGGUGAGUUUGCAGAGGAGAUCGCCGAAGAGUACGGUCUCAAUAUAAACUCUUUCCGAUUCUGGAGUAUGGUCACCCGCCAAAACAAGUCGAGCCGACCUGACCUGCCCAUCACCGACUAUGAGAUGACGCUUGAGGAGCUUAGCAAGCAAACUACCACCUCCAAAGGUAACCCUUUCCGACUUUGGAUGGAGGUCUCGCCUGUAGGCUCUGAUGUUCAACCUCAAGAAUGGUCUGACAAUGACUUCGUCUUGGUCUUCCUGAAGAACUUCGACGUUACCACGCAAACCUUGUCUGGUGUUGGCUCCGUCUAUAUGCGCAAGAACCAGAAGGUGCAAGACUUGGCUCCCAUCAUUCUUUCAAAAAUGAAUUGGCCUACUGGCACGGACUUUAUGUUGUUCGAGGAGGUCAAGUUCGAUAUGAUCGACCCGGUGAAACCCAAACAGACCAUUCUGCAGGCGGAGCUUGGGAGCGGUGAUAUCAUCACUUUCCAGCGGAUUGUGACAGACUCGGAGAUUCCGUCGACGGCGCUUUACACCGAUGCCAGACAAUAUUACGAUCACCUCCUCAACCGCAUCAGUGUCACCUUUGCGCCUAUCAAGGCGGGUGAUGGUGACGAGUACACACUGGCGCUUAGCGGCAAGAUGACCUACGAUCAGUGGUCCAAGAAGGUGGCCGAACAUCUGAAUGUGGAGCCCACCCACCUCCGAUUUGCUCCUGUCAUGGCCAGCACCGGCAAGGCCAAGGCUUUCCUAAAGCGGACCACCACACAUACCCUGGCUCAGAUUCUCACUGGCCAAUACGGUGCGUAUGGGUAUACCAUGCACCGGCCUGAUGCUUUGUAUUACGAGGUUUUGGAAAUGAGUUUGAGUGACUACGAGAGCAAGAAGUCUUUCAAGGUGACCUUGCUGCCAGAAGGCAUCACGAAAGAGGAAGUGGUAGAGGUCCUGGUGUCUCGUAAUGGAACCGUCGCCGAGCUUCUGAGUGCCUUGCAAAAGAAGGCCAGUCUCGAUGACCAGGUCAUCUCAGAGAUAAGGCUCUUCGAGGCACACAGCGGCAAGCUUUAUAAGGAACUCAAGGAAGACACUAAUGUAUCUGCUAUCAACGAGUACUCCACGCUCUAUGCUGCGAGGGCACCAGCCGAGGAGCUCAACAUGGAGGGCGAGGACCGAUUGGUUAGCGCCUUCAACUUUGACAGGGAGCCUAAUCGUACCCAUGGAGUGCCGUUCAAGUUUGUUGUGAAGCCGGGUGAGGUUUUCAAGGAGACCAAGGAACGUCUGUCCAAGCGGACGGGCAUCAAGGGCAAGCCAUUUGAGAAGAUCAAGUUUGCCGUCGUCCCCCGUGCUUCCUUCUCCAACCCCAAGUAUCUUGAAGAUGAUGAUAUUCUCUCUGAUGUGAUCGGCCCCGAUGACUACCUGGGCCUUGAUCAUCCCGGUAAGAGCCGUGGAUUCUGGGGCAAGAGCGAGAGCUUCUUCAUUCGAUAA